AGGGAUUAAUUGCUCAAGCCAGCAUAUUGUAUUUCAGUUAUCUCUAGUCUUGAUUGCUAGCACACGUUCACAGCUUCACUCUAUAAUUCUUUGUUCUUUUCAACGUUUAUAUAUCAAGCUCAUAUUGUUUUUUCCACUGUUACGAUGCCGCGAGAAAAGAAAUGUCCAGGCUGCAAGAAGCCAGUUAAUGAUCAUGAUUUUGGCGUGCCAGGGAAACAUUGUGACGGUCCUGGGGGCGUUCCCGAAAUUCGGGGCAAUUCUACUACACGGAACGACGAACUGUUGAAUUCGCUCGCCGCCGCUGUUCAAACUCUCACGGCCGAGGUUCAAAGUUUGAAGGCCGAUCAUGCUAGCAGUCGUCAGUCCCAUUCCUUGCCGCCCUCCGACAUUGCUUCGUCGUCGCGAUCUUCUAAAGAUGUAUCGCCGCGCCGUACGACGACAGUUACUUUGCCCGAGCUUAGAGCCAUGGAUGACUUGGCCGACGCGGCGGAUCGACGUGUGGCUCAUGUUCUGCCCAUUGCAUCCAGUGAGUCCGAUGAGGAAGCUGAUAUGGGUGCGCUGGCUUCCUCUCCGUUACGGAAGCCAAAUAAAGCUGAUUCCUCGGCUUUGGCCUCUCUGCAAAAGGAUCUACGACAGACAUUACAAGCUGCUUAUAGCACAGGGACAUAUAGUAAUUUAAAGACUCAAUUUAAGGCCUUUUUUCUAUUUUGCUUAUAUUUUGACUUGACUCCAUUACCAGCAGACAUAGAUACGGUCUGUCUUUAUGUACAGUUUUUAAGUCGUUCGAUUGCACCACCUUCGAUUCGUAAUUAUUUAAGUGGGGUCAAGUUAUUACAUCUUUUUGCCGGUUAUGACUAUGCAUUUACUAAGGAUUUUAGUUUAUCCCUAGCCCUGCGGGGAGUUUCCCGUAGGAUACCACAUGUACCUCAGAGGGCUCCACCGGUAACUCCUAGCCUUUUAUUGCUAGUUGCGCGAACAGUAGAUUUUCAACAUGAUGCUCACUCUUCUACAUUGUAUUGCGCAUUUCUCUUUGCAUUUUUUCUUAUGGCGCGUAUAGCUAAUAUCGUACCGCGUUCGAUUAAGGCAUUUAAUCCUACCCGCGAUCUCACACGGGGUGAUGUUUUGUGUAACGAACAUGGGCUUAUCGCCACGUUUAAGCAUACAAAAACUAUUCAGUUCGGUCAGCGUCGAUUACACAUUCCUCUGUUACGUAUUCCAGGCUCGUUAUUAUGUCCGGUCGCUGCCUAUAACAACAUGAUUCGCCUGGUACCCGCUUCUGCACGCAAACCGCUGUUUUUAUUGCUUGGUCAUUCAGGCCCGUUUGCUUUGACGAAGUCCCGUUUUGUUACCGAAUUUCGUCUGGCGCUUUGCUCAGUGGGGGUUGCUCAUGCUGACUCAUAUCGGGGUCACUCAUUUCGACGCGGCUGUGCCUCUUGGGCGUUUAACCACGGAGUACCAGGGGAAUUGGUACAGUUGUAUGGUGAUUGGGCUAGUGACUCUUACAAAUUGUAUUUAGAAUUUAGUAAUCAAUCCAAAUUGGCGCUUGCUUCCCAGCUACGUGCUUCCAUUCAGGCCAGUAGUUAGGCCUUCUGCACUGUUUUGUUGUUUGGCCGGUGGUUUGGUGGCAGAGAGGUUUAUUAUUAUUAUUUUAGUUUUUCAUUUAUCAGUUUGUAGUGAUUUUAUAAUAAACUUCUCUUAUGCCAAACACAAAACAGUGUCAGUGGUUUAUGUUGGGUUGAGGAAUUUACCCCCCUUU